CCUCUCAGCACUACUGGCCCGCCCGCCAGCUGCCCAAGCCCUCUCGCAUUGCUGCUGGCCCGCUCCGCGCGACGCUCCACCCCAAAGACUCGCCCGCCAGCUGCUCCACCAUUACUACGCCCUCUGCCGACGCCCAGCCCGCUGCGCAAUUGUCGACCCGACCCGACUCGACUCGACUCUCUUUUUCCCUCUUCCUCUCUCUCUCACUCGCGCUCAAGGCUGCGCCCUCCCCCGCUGCCUGUCAAGUUCAUCUACUACCCUUCACCCCGCCAUUCACCGCAUCCCCCAGCACUCACCAUUGCAUUUCCGAGGUGA